GGCCAGGAUUUCACCCUGGAUGUGACCGUGAAUAAUGGAAAUGACAACAGGCACUGUAUACACAUGAUGGAAUCGCUGCUGUAUACGCUCACCGGAGAGCGGCACCGAGGAGAGAAGGUGGAGUGGAGGCCAGGGAAGAUGACCCAUGCCCAGAGGAACCUCUUUGGCCCCGUCGACCAUGAGCAGCUGCGGCAGGACUUCCAGCACAUGCUGCGCAGCAGCAUCGAGGGGGCCCAGCAGAAGUGGAACUUUGAUUUUCUCCGGGACACACCAACAGAAGGGCUUCUGCAGUGGGAAGAGCUCAGAGGCCUCGAGGUUCCUGCCUUCUACCACAGCUGCGUGGUGGGAGAUGCUUGGAGACCACUGCAGCACUUAAACUGGCCCUUGGGCAGGAAGGACAAGAGCCACCACUUUGCUCAGGUGGCACUGACUGAGAAACCCCAAACUUCCAAGACAACAGGGAGCAAGUGGAUCUCAGAAGGGAAGAAAAGAAAACAGACAUCUUUGACAGAUUACUACUCAGCAAAGAAGCGAGUCAAAACGAAUAUGCAAGCUGCUGCAAAGAAGUCAACUUCAUGA